GAACUGCUUAUCUCAAUAAUAUCUAACGAAAAUGUAACGAUAGCUCUAUAUAGAUUUCAUCGUGUUCAGAUCUACGAGUUCAAUUUGAAGGAACAUGAAGUGCCUAGCUCUGUUCUCGUUUUAUGUACUUCUACAGGGGUGCAUGCUUCAAGAAUCAGGGGAGACAGAGAAUAUACGAUUCUGUUAUGAACCUCAUACGCAUAUGAUGGUUUUGACCAGACAAGCCACAUGUUACAUGUUCGUUCUUACUUCUGAUGAAAAGGCAAUGGUCCAUACAGACACCCUCCUUCGUAAACUGGAAUUGCAGCUGCUUGCAAGAGUAAACGAUCCAGCCACACAACUAACUACUGUGCCACACUUCUCUCUACAUCAAAAUCUACAUAAGCAGUGCGGCAAAAAUAUGGCACAAUAUUACAUCAUUCAGUGAUUUGUUGCAUUAAUUAAUACUAAUAAAAUGAAGUAUCUGA